UUCCUUUUUCAUUUUAUUAUGAACUAUUUGGAUGACGAAGUUCAGGAAUUGGAAAUUUUCUGUGAUUCUGCAGGAGGGCAGAACAAAAACUACACGAUAUUUAGAUUCAUUCAUUACUUAACGAACAAUCGCAUCCAUGGCCUCACAGACAUUAAAAUUACAUUUCCUAUACGUGGAACUCAUACUUGGAGUGCGAUAAAAAUGUUGGUCUAUGGAACAUAAAAGCACCAAUGGAAAUACCAAAAGAUUUCGAAGAAAUGGUAAAAUUAUCACGAUCGAAACCAUCCCCUUUUACUGUGGUCAGUGUUACUAAAAGAAUUGUAUUGGAUUGGAAUGCAAUGUUGCUAUCAAAGUAUGCCGCUAAAUGCCCUUUUAAAACGCAGCCUAUCAAAGUCAUACAAGCUUCUUCUAGCCAUAGCCGUUUGUUACAAUAUCGCACAACGUACUUUGGAGAAAUGCUGACAGGCAUUAUUAAUGCACCGCGGCAUAGUCUAUCAUUGCCAAAAGGGUUGUUUGAGCUUCCCUCUCCGGCUUACAAUGGCCUCCUGCCAAUUUCCAGAGCCAAAUUCAACGGUUUGCAAAGUUUAAUGAAGUUUUGUAGCCCAUCUGCUGUCAAGUUCUUUCUCAAUCUACCCCAUGACUAAUUUAAUGCAAGUUAAAAUAUAAUUUAUUACAAUCACCUUACAUUGAUGUGGUUUUUUUUUCAGGUCUGGA